AAAUGGGAAUGACCUUACUAAAUUUUAACACGCAACUACUGAUUGGUGUGGGAAGAUGAUGAUACGAUAGGCCGAUGCAAAUGAAGCUUUAAUAGUGCGGCUUGUUGCUUAUAUUGUUUCUAAGGAACAAAUAAGUUUUCUUAAUUUUGUAAUACUUGAUAUUUUUCUCGUUUAAUUUUUAUAGCGUGAGAGUGAGUGGCUAUAAACACAAUCAACAUAAUAGCUGCUGUUAUUGAUUUUUUCAUUCCCUAACCUGCCUUUUCCACCACGUGGGAUAUACUUUCCUUAUUUUUAAAUGGUUAAAAACCAGGAAAAUCACUCAAAUAAUAUGGGUGACCAGAAUCAUAAUUCUAAUAAUAGUACAGUUGACAUGGAUCUUGAAGAUGGUCUUUGUGCCUUUGAGUUGAUGAAUAAAGGCAAUGGUCUUACAUAUAAUGAUUUUAUUAUUCUGCCAGGUUAUAUAGAUUUUCCACCAUCGGAAGUUGAUCUUUCUAGUCGUCUUACGAAAAAAAUCACUCUUAAAGCACCAUUUGUUUCAUCCCCAAUGGAUACAGUCACAGAAGCUGACAUGGCCAUAGCCAUGGCUUUGUGUGGUGGCAUAGGAAUAAUUCAUCACAAUUGCCUUCCAUCGUACCAAGCCAAUGAAGUAUUAAAAGUGAAAAAGUAUAAACAUGGUUUCAUCCAUGACCCAGUAGUUCUUUGCCCAACAAACACUGUAUCUGAUGUACUUAAAGUAAAAAGUGAGCAUGGCUUUUGUGGAAUUCCUAUUACAGAAAAUGGAAAAUUAGGAGGAAAAUUAGUUGGAAUAGUAACUUCAAGGGAUAUUGAUUUUUUGGAUGACACCAACUUUCAGAGUAUUAAACUAGAACAAAUAAUGACAAAACUAGAAAAUUUAGUGACUGCACAAUCCGGGGUCACACUAACAGAAGCCAACCAUAUUCUAGAAAAAAGUAAAAAAGGAAAAUUGCCGAUUGUAAAUGCGCAAGGUUGUCUGAUUGCUCUUAUGGCUAGAACUGACUUGAAGAAAGCCAAGAGCUAUCCUAUUGCAUCCAAAGAUGACAAUAAACAGCUUAUUGUUGGUGCAGCAUUAGGAACCCGAGAGGAAGAUAAGGCUAGGCUAGCACUUUUAGCUCAAGCAGGAGUUGAUGUGGUAGUACUGGAUUCUUCACAAGGAAACUCAAUCUACCAGAUAGAAAUGAUCAAGUACAUUAAAAGUAAUUUUCCCAAUUUGCAAAUUAUUGCAGGAAAUGUUGUUACACGAAAACAAGCUAAAAAUCUAAUAGAUGCUGGAGCAGAUGGUUUGAGAGUCGGAAUGGGUAGCGGAAGUAUUUGUAUAACACAAGAAGUGAUGGCUGUAGGAAGACCUCAAGCUACAGCUGUUUAUAAGGUCAGCCAGUAUGCUAAACAUUUUGGAGUACCCAUUAUUGCUGAUGGAGGUAUUCAAUCCAUAGGCCAUAUUACUAAAGCACUUGCUCUUGGUGCUUCAACAGUCAUGAUGGGGUCCUUGUUAGCUGGUACCUCAGAAGCUCCUGGUGAAUACUUCUUUUCUGAUGGCGUGAGACUUAAAAAAUAUCGAGGAAUGGGAAGCAUAGAGGCUAUGGACAGAAAAGAUGCCAUGGGAUCAGCUAUGAACAGAUAUUUCCAUAACGAGGUAGAUAAAUUGAAAGUAGCCCAAGGAGUUAGUGGCAGUAUUGUUGACAAAGGAUCAGUAUUGCGGUUUGUACCUUACCUACAGUGUGGGAUUAAACAUGGAUGUCAAGAUAUUGGUGUGAAAUCACUAAAUGAACUGAGGGAGUGGAUGUCUACUGGUAAACUUCGUUUUGAACUCAGGACACAUUCUGCUCAAGCAGAAGGAAAUGUUCACAGUCUAUUCUCAUAUGAAAAGAGACUGUUUUAAAAUUUAAUCAAUAAAUGACGGCUUAUGCAGCCUUUAUUUAUAUCCAUUUGAUUAUGAGAUUAUGUUUUAUAUUGUUUAAAAAAAAAUCUCUUAAACAGUAAGUUUUGAUUCAAAAAAAAAAAAAUUCGCUCAAAUGCGAUAUAAUCAUUCGAAAGUUAUGGGGAUUGCACCAUUAAAAUUAUUUGAAAAUAUUUUAAAAGCUGAUGUCAUUUUAUGAUCAUUUUUAUAAAUUUUGAUACAGGGUGUUACUUUUUGUACAUAUUGAUUACAAGUUGUGCUAAAUAAACGUAUUUUGUGCCAAAGGUGAACAUUUGAUAACUGUUAUUUAAACAAGACAUUAUUACUCUAAUGUGAAUAUUGUUAUAAGUGGAGCUUACAUGGAGGCAAGAAAACUUGACAAUUGCGAGUAAUAUAAAGUAAUACGUGAUUUUAGAGAAGAAUAUAGAAACUUAAAGUUGGAAUAUCUAUCUCAUAAAAAGUCGGAGAACCCGUGAAAUAUAAAUCCGAGGGGAAAACUAGUACCAAUAAAAUCGCUAUUCAUAGUCACCUGUCGUGAGUUUGACAAAUUUUAAGAGAUGAGAAUUUUUUAAAUAUGUCUCACUUUUUAUUGGGUUGCUCUUAUCAUCUUAUUAUAUGUUGAAGAAAUAACAAGAGAUAAUAAUAAUACCUUAUAGGCUAUGUAUAUACUGGAGACUUGACUUCAGGUGAAAGAGAUAAAAAAAAAUUCAGAACAAGUUGCUAGUAAUAGUAUGGCUGUUAAAGGAACACAAGUCAAUAGUGGACAAUGAUAGAGCAGAUAUGUGAGAUGUUUGAAAAGAUGAUAGAAGAAAUCACAAAAUUGAAAACAAAUAAACUGGAUAUCUCAUAAAGAAAAAUGGAGAAAUGAAGAAAGAACCUGGAGCAGAGUUGAAAAAAAAUAUUGUAUUGACAGGAAUUUAAGUGUGGCAGUAAUGUAUUGGAAGGAAAAGGAAAAAUUAUGUAUACAUUUUGAUACCACGAAAUGGCGAAUAUUCAUUGAAAUAUGAUUCCACCGUGACUUGUAAUGACAGAAGAUUUUCACUGAAAAAAUUAUAUUAUUAUGCAUUAUGUUAGUAUUAUCCUCAUAAUUUUCUCUGACAAAGAGAGGAAAGUUGGAAAUUUCAAACAAUUUUUAACGUUUACUGGUUUUGAAUAUAGGAUACAGAUGACAAACUUAUGCAGUUCAACUACAAUAUUUUAGACGACAGAAAGGAUGGACAUUUGAAUUUAAUUACUGAUUUAUCUUUGCAGUAGUACAAUUUCAGUCUUUCUUUUCUUGCACAUUAUUGUUAUAAUUAAUUCGAAGAAGUCUUUAUUUAAGCUUUUAAAGUUGUACUCUUAUUUUCUUUUAGAUUUUUUAUGCACAUGCUGAUUUUUUAUGUUACUAAUAUUUAUUCAUCCACUAAGGAAUAGCUUUUUAAUUUCAAACAGUUCCAUAGGAAUUUGUAUAUGUCUUGAUUGAUUAUAUUAGAAAGUGGUUCUUAUAGUUAUAGUAGAAGUUACUAAAUUAUCAGAUAACUGAAUUUUUUAUUAUAACUAAUGCUAGUACAUUAGUUAUACAGUGAAUGACCGAAUUAUUAUAGAAAAACAAGUUUCAAUGUAAAAGACAAAUCUAAAUGCCAACUGCUCAAUAUAAGAAUACAAUUUUAAACAAUACAUUAUUUUUUUAAUACUGAACUGAACUGGACCAAGUAAGGAAACUAUGUAUUUGAAAAAUUUCAUGGAAUCAUUGACUCUACAACGGCAAUUAUAGUCUACAACUAUGUUAGUAUUGAUAUCUUUAUGUUGGUUGGGUACAAUGAACAAGUGAGACAAAUUACAUAUUUCUCCCGAACGCAGAAAUGAGAGAGAAAUGUGUCAUUUUCUCACGCAUUUCAUUGUACCUCUAGAGAUAUGUUGUUUUUAUGUCUGAAAAGUUGAACAGUUUACAGCCGGUAGAAAAAAAUGAUUCAUGUACAUUUUCAUCACCAGCUAAUUUUUACUCACUGGCCUGUGUUGUGGACGUACUUCAUCAAUUAUAUUUUCCCAUAUUGGAACAAACGUUAUCAAAUAAAUAAAACAAGUAAUCACCAAAUAAAAGCCAUUUAAAAACAAAAAAUUUCGCGAUUAAUUUGACCUGUUCAAUACCUCUUGAAAAAUUGUGAAAGUAAACAAAACUUAAUGUAUUUGUUAGCUCCUUACAUCCUCACAAAACCAUUUGUUGUCCAUAGAUUUGACCUGAUACAUAUAUAUUUAUAUAACCUGUAUAUAAAAUUUUAUACCAAACAAAUAGUAUAUCAAAAACACUUGGAAUUACAAAGAAAAAAAUUUAAAGUAUAAAAAUUCUUAAUGAAUAUGUAUUUAUUGCGUUAGAUGUAAUUUCUUUAUAUACAAAUAUUCCUAUCCAUUGUGAAAAAUAUGUUACUAAAAAAAUAGGACAAAAUUGAAAAAUAUACAGAAAUACCUCAAAACGAAUUUAUAAAAGCUAUAGAACUUAUACUUCCAACAACGUACUUCAAAUAUGAAAAUGAAAUAUAUAAACAAAUUGGUUGUGCCAUGGGUUGAUGUGUUAUUGGUUUUCUUGAGUACUUGAUUGCUUUGCAGAUGGAGUGAUCUUAUCGGUUAAGGUUUCUUAAGUAGGGAGUAGCUAAUGAUUGCAUAAUUUGAGCUAUUUGAUAUUUAUUGGGGAUGCACUGAGAGUUACUAUGAUUUGAGAAUAAUCCGAAGAAAGGUCGUAGUUAUUAAAAAUUGUGGAUUUUAUUAAUAUUGAUGUGCCAGCGUGUGCCGUGUUGUCUGGAUGGUUGGUGUAAUACAAGUUGUAGUUAUAUCUAUAAAGUUGGUAGAACAUGUUUCUAAAUUCGUCUAAAAGUUUAGUGAGUGUAUUGACAGUAUUUUCCUCUGGUACUAACUUUGUUGUUUGGCCCCCCACUGCAUGUGCAUAGUUGGUUUGGUGAAGAGAGUUGUUUUGUGAUGUGGUUUGUUGUGUUUGGAUUGGGUACUGGUUGGUUAGGUUAGGCUAUUGUUCUGGUAAAAUUGAGAAAAUUCGCAUCCCUUGUAGUUGGCUGGGUGAGCCACCACAUGAGCACAUGUUGCUGGAGUACCCGUGCUUUUUUUUACAUACCUUAGUAUCAUGUGAGCGUCCACAUUUUACGCACACAAACGGUCGAUUAUUUUGUUCUGUAGUCCCUUUAUUUCAUAUAUGUCCUUGUUAUUUAAGCUGGUUCCAGGUCCAUGAAAAACAUGUUUAGUGGUUCUUUGGUUUGUCUAUGUUUAAUGUUAACAUUUCUGACUUUGUGGUUCAUGCCCUCUAGAUCUGUUUUUAUGUCGUUUGGGUUCUGUGGUGUGAUGGAGAUAUUUGAUAACUACUCUGUAGGCCCCGCUUUCUUUGUGUUGGUAGGUAUGGUGAACUAUGUUUUUAUCAUAUAAUUGGCUAAUGUUCUUUAAAUCUGUGCAGUUGUGGUGGUUAUUUUAAUUACAUUGUCUGCCAAAGGUUUCGUAUGGUAUUGAUCUUGGUUAGGAUUUCUUAAAUGCUAGUUUCCAUGCCCGAAUUAACUUUUACUUCAUAUUUUGUUACUGUUUUCAAGUUCCUCUUCAUGAUUUGCAAGAGUGCUAUAUCUGUUGCUCAGUGCAACAUUAGUCUUGGUAAUGGUUUUUUUCUUUUGACACUUACAAUUUGCCACGGGUUGUUAUUGGAGUAUUCCAUUUCGUCUUCAGAGGAGAUCGUGCGGACUAUUUGUAUGCUGUUUUGAGUAAUCGGGUGAUUGAAAUGGCUUUGAUUUGGGGGAGCAUGAUUAUUGUCUGUUGGGAAUGUUGAAAUUUGUGCGAAACCCUUGUAGUGUAGUGGUAUGCUUGGCUUUUUAUUGGUGCAAAGUUUGGUGAUUUAUGCGUAUAUGCAUGAUGACUCUUGCAUUUGUGGGUUACCCUGUAUAAAUAUUGGCUGUCCGUUGUUAUUAAAUUCAGCGAGGUUCCCUUGUGUGCACAUAUUUAUUUUUAUAGUUUUUUGGUAUUGUUUUUAUCGCAAGAAACUCACAUUUCGAUAUGAUAUAGAAACUUAUCUUUAUAUAGAAAUUUAUAUAUAAAUUCAUUAUCUUUUAUCUAUUAUUCAAAAAAAGGCCUUUAUUUUCAACAAUUGCUUAAAUAAUAAAAAAAAGAUCAAUGAUAAUAAGUUUGGCUUACAGAUCUAUCUAAAUAUCAGUACCUGAUUUUAGAUGCUUAGUUAUUCAAAAAAUGCAUUGAAAGAAAAUAAUUGUCAGGAAAAAUGAUGAACAACAAAUUCCAGAAAACGAUAAACAUAUAUUAUAACCAAUUGCGAAAGUAAACAUCAAAAUAUAAAACAUUUUUUCUUGCCACAUGUACAAGGACUUCUAGUAUUAGGAUAAGUCAAAAAGGUCAAAAUACAUUAUUCAAAUAUUUCACUACAUUAAAAUCUAAAAUACCAAAAACUAAAGAAAUAAAAUUAUAUAUCAAGUGCUUGUACUAAUUGUGACGCAGUCUACGUAGGGCAGACAUUUUAGUACUUGGAAAAUAUACUAAAAGAUCAUUAAUACGAUGGAAAAUAUGAAGCUGCAUUAACGAAUCACGAAAUAACAAGAACAAGAAGAAAUAAAUUAACUUAUAAGAUUCAAAAAUUCUUGUAACGGAA